AGUAUAUCCCUUCACGUUCCGCAAUGUUCUGCACGAAAUAUAACACGCUAAUAACCUGAGUUUGUUUCGUAAAUAAUUUAAAAUAAAUAGCUUUUUAUAAUAAUUUAUUUUUCAAUACUGCAUAUUGAACAAUAAAUUUCAUAAAAAUGCCAAAAGGAAAAACGAAGAAGUUUAUUGACAAGAAAAAUUCGGUAACAUUUCAUUUAGUUCAUCGUUCGCAAAGAGAUCCGUUAAUUGCUGAUGAAACAGCACCGCAACGUGUUCUUGUACCUGUUGGAGAUGCACAAGGUGCUAAACACGAAAAGAAGAAAUUAGACAGUGACAAACGAAAAGAAGAGCAACAAAAAUAUGGCAUAUAUUUUGAUGAUGAUUAUGAUUAUUUACAACAUCUUAAAGAUGUCAAUUCUUUGACAACUGAAUGGGAACGUGUUGAUAAUGCAGUCUCUACCAAAACAAACGAAAAAAAGGAUGCUCCAAAAAUUAAUUUACCUUCUUCUGUAUUUGCUUCAAAUGUUGAAGAAAAAGUUGGAUUACUUAAUAAAGCAGCUCCAGUUUCUGGAUUGCAAUUAGAUUUAGAUCCAGAUGUAGUUGCAGCUAUGGAUGAUGAUUUUGAUUACGAUGAUCCAGAAAAUCAGUUAGAAGAUAAUUUUAUAGAAUUAGCUAAUGCUAGCAAUAGUGAUGAUGACUUUCAGAAGGAUGAAGAUGAUGCAGCAUCAGACUCUUCAUCGGAAGGACAUAUGGAAUUAUCUGAGCAUAGCUUUGAUGGCUCUCUAUAUACCUUUAAAGAAGAAGAAACAAAAUCACGUUUUACAGAAUAUUCAAUGACCAGCAGUGUAAUGAAAAGAAAUGACCAAUUAACACUCCUAGAUGAUAAAUUUGAAAAAAUGUAUGCAGCAUACGAUAAUACUGAAAUUGGUGCUUUAGAUUGUGAUGAAAUCGAAGGAUAUUUACCACCAGAUUCAGAACUAGUCCUUCAAUGUGCAGCAGAAUUUGAACAACAACAAAAUGAGAAUGCUGAUAAUGUUGCAAAGCUCAUGAAAGAAAAAAUGAAAAUUUUGGAAAAAGAGUAUUCUAGCUCUGAGGAUGAAGAUAGUUUAGAUGAUCUUGUUGUAGAUGCAAGAGAAAGAGAUAAAUGGGACUGUGAAAGUAUUAUUAGUACAUACAGCAACAUUUAUAAUCAUCCAAAGUUAAUUUCUGAACCAAAACAACCACAAAAGAUUAAAGUUGACCCAAGAACAGGUAUUCCAAAGAAUGUUCUAAAUGACCCUCAAAAAUUGACCGCUAAAAGUUUAGCUCAAUUUGAUCAACAAAAUCAAAAUAGUAAUCCAAGGGGACCUCAGUCUAUCGCAGAAACCAUGAGAUCAACUUUAAGUACAUUAAGUAUAAGAUCAAAAAAUGAAACUCCAGAAGAAAGGAAGCAGAGAAAGAAAGCACUGAAGGAAUACAGAAAAGAAAGACGAAUAGAAAGGAAGGCAAACAGUGAAGCAUUUAAGGAGGAAAAGAAACGUCAAGAAAAAAUUUUGUUAAAUAAUAAACAAAACGUGCAAGGAAAUCGAAUACUUUAAUAUAUAAAUUAUGUAUCUUGUAAAUGAAGUAAUUUACAUUAACAUUGUACAUUGAAAGUCUUGUUUACGAAUAAGAUGAAUACAACUUGUUUUUAUAAAUAUAAAUUAUUUACAUUAACUAAUGUAAAAGUUACAUUAACAUAAUUAACAAUAUUUACUGCAUUAACUUUUCUAAAAAUUGCUAAUGCACCAACUGUUAAAUGGGAACUUUAAGAACCACAGUAAACGCGUAAUACAUGGGAAGAAAAUGAAAUAUAUUUAUUUAAAGUUAUGUAAUAGCGUAA